CAUCCGUGGGUCGGGCGCGUGCGUGUGUGACAGACGUGGGGCGCGCGGCCGGGAUCGAUCGUUCAUGUUGUUACUGACUCGACUAUCUGUUUCCUUGUUCUGGUGCCCCGACCCGGCUGGCCCCUCUGCUUCUCACCUACCCCGCAUUGUUCUGCAGCUGUGGUCUCCUUCUAGCACUUUCCAGGCAGGACUUUAGGUAAAUAUAGGGGUACGCCUAGUAUAACGAAGUAAAUAUUGGGCUGACAGAGAGAGACCUCAAAAAUGGCAGCUGCUGUGCAGUGGCUCGAUAAACUCAUUGAGGAUAAUGCGGAUCCUCGGGUGGCUGACUGGCCCCUCAUGCAAACCCCAAUCCCAGGUACCACUAUGGUCAUUCUCUAUCUCAUUGUGGUUUGGAUUGGCCCUAAGCUGAUGAAGAACAGAGCACCUUACAACCUAAAAUCUGUCCUACUGGUCUUCAACUUCAUAAUGGUUGUCCUGUCCUUCUAUACAUUAUGGGAGUUUUGUAUGAGUGGAUGGCUGACUGGGUAUACACUAGGAUGUCAACUAGUAGACUACUCAAUGAAUCCCAAAGCCCUGAGGAUGGCCAAUGUGUGUUGGGUCUUCUAUGUUUCCAAGUUUGUUGAAAUGCUAGACACGGUUUUCUUCAUUCUGAGGAAGAAGAACAACCAGAUUUCCUUUCUGCAUGUGUUUCAUCAUGCAUUAAUGCCAUUCAGUUGGUGGAUUGGAGUUAAGUUUGUGCCAGGUGGUUUUGGUACUUUCCAUGCAAUGUUGAAUUCAUUCAUUCAUUUCAUGAUGUACAUCUAUUACUUCCUGGCUGCACUGGGGCCAACCUUCCAGAAGUUUCUGUGGUGGAAGAAGUACAUGACCAAGAUGCAGCUGACCCAGUUUGCAUUGUGUAUGGUUCACAGUGCGCAGCUUCUCUUCAUUGAAUGCGCCUAUCCCAAGUUCUUUGCGUGCAUCAUCUGGUCUUAUGGCUUUAUCUUCUUCAUCAUGUUCAUGGACUUCUACUUCAAGACUUAUAAGAAGAGUGCGUCUCUGGCAGCAAAGAAGAGUGAACAGAAUGGUGUGGACAAGAGUAAAGUUCAUUAAUAAAGAGCCAUUGUGUCAGUGUCAGUUGGAGUGAUUCUUACCAGAUCUGACUGGUACUGACAAGCUUUGAAUGGUUUACUUGUUUUAAUUUGACUGAUUAUAACUAGUUUGACAUGUGUGUAUUGCACUGAUUAUUUAAUGUGUGGUUACUUGCAGUGAGGGUAGGCUGUGACCAUGGAGCUAUUAUUAAACACAAGGAGUUAGAAUGAAGUCCCUGCAAACCGUAAUAUGAUUAACUGCUCCGGUCGGCUCCAUAGACAAAGUGUGGUUACCGGCCCCAGUGUUGAAGACCCUAGACAUUCUUUGUAAGCAGUGAUCACCAUGCCAGGUAGCUGGUAGCCCACAGAUUUGCCAUGUUUGGCUGCGGCAUACUGGAGUAAAUAAAUGGUGGAAAAGAUGCACAAAGAAGAUGCGCAGUUCUCUUCAGUAGUCCUCAGGAGUCAGCGAGUGAUCCCCAAGAAGCGCUCGAAAAUUCUGAAUUGGCAGUUGGUUAUUUGGCAAAAGUCAGACGUUUUUAAAGUCAGUUAUGACAUUUUGCAUUUCCGGUGGUAGAGAACAAGUACCCAAAAUAUGAACUGUGAUAUUGAUAUCAUAAGUCGCAAUCCUAGUGGUUCCUAUGGUUAAAGAAGGUGGAACCAUGCCACAGGAAUGCAUUUGACCAUGUUGCAAGGUUUCAUGCCUCGCAUGAUGACAAUGACAGGAAGGACAAUGAAUCUUUCCAUGUUUUUGUGUGUUUUUUAUUUUCCUCUGGACCAGCUACAUUGUUUCAGUUUUCUUGUCGCUUAUUUUUGGAGAAUUUUUGUUAGUAAUUCUGUAUAUAGUUUAAAAGAGACGUUUUGGGGAUGAAAAGGUGUAACCAGACUUUCAUUAUCAUUGGAAUAUCAGAACAAUCACUAAAAUUAUCAAAAUUUAAGUCUCCGAUGAUGGUGAUGGUUUCUGUCUUAUGACGGCCAUGUCGAACGUGCGGAAGUGUUACGUAAAUGCAUAUGCGGUACCCACAAUCCUUUGCAAAUGCAAUUCCGAGCAUUCCUUAUAGCCCGCAAGUGGCACAUAAUUUGUUCUGUCCUUGCAGCACUUGCAGUACCGGCAGUGGCCUCAUUAACCCUUUUGAUCUCUGUGUGUGCUUACUCCUUGUGUGUAAUAGCUCCAUGAUGUGACAUUUCACACAGGAAAAAUUUACAGAGACAUAUAUUUGUGUUUGUGUUGUGACUUGUUCUUUUUUCAAAUGUAAAAUACAAUCGCUGAUUUUGAAAACUUAAAAGUGUUUUGUAACGCGCCAUGUGCAAUUCAGUUAAAUAAGUCCAUAUGAUUCCAGAACAGGUAAAUUGAAUGUUAGGAUUAAAGGAACCUGAUAUUAAUAUGCAGCCAAUGGUGAGAACAAAUUUCUUGCUGGAUUAUCUAACGUUGAAUUGGCACUUUUGUCAUCCAAUUCCAUUCUUCAGAAUACUGUGGACCUUUGAAGAUGUUGGAAAUUUUAGUGACGCUUGACAUAUGUUCAAUCAAUUGGUUGGGGAAUCCUUAUUUGAGAUGGCCGAAUGAUAUUUUCUCCAAACAUGAAUAAUCAUAAGUUUAUAGAUACUCAUAGGAAUGACCGACAGCUUGGUUCUUCUUCAAAUAAUAAGAAGUCAAAACUAGCUGUAAUACACCCCACACACAAAUUGUUGGCAGUCGGUAUGCAUAUUGAUGGCUAAGCAAGCCACAUUUUACUGCAUAUUUUUCCAAAGUAGGUGAAAAUACAUUUUCAGGAUUAUUACCAUUUUUGGUUGUUAAGUGUAUUAAACUCUUCAUUAAAUUGAAAAUUAUCCAGAUUUUGAUUUGAGCAGCUGAAUUUACAUGUACAUGUAGGUUUCACAUGUACAUGUAGGUUUCACAUGAGGCAUGAAAGGAAACAUUCUGAGAUAGUAUUGGAGCAUAAAGAAAAAUUUAAUAAUGGAAAUUUUCUAUCAUGCGGUGCAGUUCAUGUAUCGUAGGUCUAUUUACAUGUAAAAACCAUCUUAUGAUUUGCAUUAUUACUUAUAUACACAUCAUUUAUAAAAGGUUAUUCCAAUGUAGUCAUAACCUGGACCACAAUAAAAUGGUCUCUUGAAAUGAAAAGGUGAUAACAGCCAUUAUUUAUGACCAUCGUUCAGUUUACUGAGAUUCUUUUCAGUAAUUUACUCCAAAUGUUCAGAGAUGAUGGUCAUAAUUACAAAAUACAACAGAAACCAGGUAGGCCCAUACAUGUAUCCUAUCAAUGCUGACCACAUACUUGCUAAGCAGGCAAGUUUGCUUCAGCAACCCUGAAGUAAUAAGAUGACAGUGUUCUCAAAAGUUGAUGUAUGGUACUAAACAGGUUUGUAAUGUUUCCCAGGUGAUCGGUGAAAGUUUGAAGAGCUGAUAGUUCCUAUCUCAUUGACCUGUUAGGAUUCCAAGAGUAGACUCUAAUUCUUGAAUGAAGGUCAACAUUAGAUGCCAACAAAAAUUUGGAUUGUGCUUUUUAAAAUGUAUACAUGUAAAUCGAAAGGAAAGUGGGAUUUAUUGUGAAGCUGAUGAACAGAAAGUUGAAGUGUCUUUGUGGCACAGAUUGCUGUGUUCUGUGAUGGCUGUGCUGUUGAAAUGUGUUUAUGUAUAAUUGAAUUUUACAGAUGAAAGUGCACCUGUAUUCUAUUCAUUCAUUAGAUACAAUUAAUGGAUCUUGCUUACAAACAAUCCUAAAUAUUUGUUGUGUUGAACAGUAAACACUGCUAGAGUAAUUCUGUGGGCAGGUGGUGUGCCCUCAUUAAAUAUUCCUUUUAAUAAUGGGGUGACUUGCCAAACAUGGCCAAGUGCAUGCUUGCCUCAAAGAACAUGCAGAAAUGAUGUCUCCUCAGAUGAGUUUAGAGAGGGUACCACAUCAUGGGUGUUGCCAGGAUAUUUUCUUUUUCCGGGGACUUGUCUGCAGCAUAUUGACCAUUAAUGGUAGAAAUACUCAGGAGGCCCAUGAACUUUGUUAUGUUAAUGUCUGUGGAAAUACAGGAAAUUCAGAUAUUUUCCAUAUGUGAAGAUUCCUCAGUGUUGCAAUCCCACGUGGUUUCAGGGUAUAUUCUACACAUUAUGAGACUGAAAACUGCAGUUGAAUAGCAUACGUAUACCAUUUUUUUUUUCUUAGAUGGAUUUGACUUAUCCACUUAUGCAUACAUCUUGUAUGUCAGGUUAUAGAGGCUGUACUGUGUAAUAAAUUAGCACUGUAAUUAAUCAGGUGUGUUUUACA